AUGCACACGGUGAAGAUUUUGGCUCUUAGGUGUUCCGGGUAUGAAUUGGAUGGAGUUCUUAAUAUCCUUAGGAGGUUCCCCUGUCUCGAGAAGCUCUAUAUCAUUUUUCACAAACACAACGAGACGGAUACGAAAAUCGAGCCUCAAUGUGACCGACUAUAUCCAAUUGAAUGCCUUCAAACCAAUCUCAAAACAGUGGUGUUUGAAACAUUCGUGGGCCAUGAUAAACAGCUUGAGUUUGCCAAGUUUUUUGUUUUGAAUGCAAAAGUGCUAAACAAAAUUGAAUUUGAUGGAAUGUAUGGUGCCUACAACAGUGUAUCGCUGGCUUAUCAACACAGGCUGCUACGAGUGGAAGACAGAGCUUCUCGAGAUGCUCAAUUUGAAUUCAUGAAUAGAAAUCGAUAUACUGUGAAGCAUCUCCAAAAGCAUAUCCAUGAUUUGUCAGUGGCUGACCCCUUCGAACAGCCAUAG